CCCCCUCCGAGUCGCGCGCGAGGCGUGAGGCGGUGCUGAGGAUCCGAGGCGGUGAGCAGCUUUGACGCCGGGACUGUCCAGCGAGCGAGCGAGCGAGCGAGUGAGCGCGGCGGGAACCCGCAGCCACAGCAGCCCCACAGCCGCAGCCGCAGCCGCAGCCGCCGUCCGCGGAGCCCAGCCCAGCCGGCCAUGGCGCUGUCGAUGCCCCUGAACGGGUUGAAGGAGGAGGACAAAGAGCCCCUCAUCGAGCUCUUCGUCAAGGCUGGCAGUGACGGGGAAAGCAUAGGAAACUGCCCCUUUUCACAGAGGCUCUUCAUGAUUCUGUGGCUCAAAGGAGUUGUGUUUAGUGUCACAACCGUUGACCUGAAAAGGAAGCCUGCAGAUCUACAGAACUUGGCUCCCGGGACCCACCCACCAUUUAUAACCUUCAACAGCGAAGUCAAAACGGAUGUAAAUAAGAUUGAAGAAUUUCUUGAAGAAGUCUUGUGCCCCCCGAAGUAUUUAAAGCUUUCACCAAAACACCCGGAGUCAAACACUGCUGGAAUGGACAUCUUUGCCAAAUUCUCUGCUUACAUCAAGAACUCAAGGCCAGAAGCCAAUGAAGCGCUGGAGAGGGGGCUCCUGAAGACUCUGCAGAAACUGGAUGAGUAUCUGAAUUCGCCCCUCCCUGAUGAAAUUGAUGAGAACAGUAUGGAGGACAUCAAGUUUUCCACACGUAGAUUUCUGGACGGCGAUGAGAUGACAUUGGCAGACUGCAACCUGCUGCCCAAGCUGCACAUUGUCAAGGUGGUGGCCAAAAAAUACCGCAACUUUGAUAUUCCUAAAGGAAUGACGGGCAUCUGGAGAUACCUGACAAAUGCCUACAGCAGGGAUGAGUUCACCAACACCUGCCCCAGCGACAAGGAGGUGGAAAUCGCAUACAGUGAUGUCGCCAAGAGACUUACCAAGUAAACAGCACUUUUGAGAGAGAUGCCUUCAGAUCCCCCAGAAUCCGCUUUCCUAACAGACUGCUCUGCCUCCUCUAAAAUAGAAGUGUAUUUUUUUGCAUGAACAUGCAGUUACUCAAGACUAGGAUUAAAGGUAGACAAAGUGUAGUAGUUAUCUCCAAUACACACUCCUAAGCAGUAUUAUUCUAAAAUCUUCUACCCGGCCCCCCUGCCCUGCCCAUCUCCUCCAGUUCGGAGGCAUUCCUCCACAAGCUCGUCACACGAGAGGCAGUUUGCCAUCCCUCUGGAGCCCCGACCAGCAUGUCCAUCCACUGUGUAGAUGGCAAACUUGAGGUCCAGUGGUCAACCAUUAGAAUAGUAGCCGUGACGUCAGUGGGCCCACGCUGGUGUGUAAUGCAUGGUACAAAGAAUAUUUAUGUAUUGGGGAGAAUUGUAAUAUUGAGUAAGGAAUAUGGACGGGUUGCUACUGUGUUGGACAUGCUAUUUCAGUGUCCUCUGCCCUGGAGUGUGCUGAGGGUGUUGCUGUCUGGGAAACUGCCUUCCAUAGAGAGACUGCUGGGUUCUUGGUAGAUACUUAAUUUUGCCCAAAUGUGUCCUUUGUAUAAAUUGUAACAUCCAAUACUAUGUAGAAACCGAAAGACUGAGGGCUGGGAAGACAUCCUCAAAAUGAUGAGAGAAGAUGGGUGGGUUCUCUGUUAUGUUACCUGCUGUGGGUUUCACCCGGGGCCUUAGAUACAUUUGCAACAGUAUUUCUGCCUUUAUUGUCACAGCUCUCUCUCUCUCUGUGUCUCUGUCUCUCUCUCUCUGUCUCUCUCCCUCUCUCUCUCUCUCUCUGGGACGGAACCCAGGGCUCUGUGUAGGUCUGACAAGGCUUUGUCCCCGAGCCCCGCCAAGCCUCCCUCCCUCUUGUGAGAAGCUCCUUUCUUGGGUGGCCCUGGUCCUCCUGUCUUGGAGCAGCAGCACUACACAAGCUGACACUCACUGCUGCAGCGUGGUGAGCAGCAUGGGGACCACUCAGACCUCACUCGGGGUCAGGGUCAGCUUACUGGAAGGUCAAGUACACGUUACUCCUAAAGCAGACUCUGGAGGGGGUGUGAAGAAUGCAUCAUCCAGCCCAUCUUAAACUCCCGUGAAGCACAGGUCACGUGCUCCCAUUCCACCUCCAUUUGCUUUAGACCGAGGGGAGGCCCUGCACUUCUCUUGGGAUAAAUUGUGGUUGUCGUGGUGGUGUGUAGUUCCCCAGUUUUGCCUAACGUCCACUGCCACACUGAGGACUAGCACUGUUUUGUCCUUGCUGUUUGUGUUGAGUAAGAUGUCACUCUGAAGCCCUGGUUGGCCUGGACCUUGAUAGGUGAACCAGGCUGGCUCAAAGCUGUGGCCAUCCUGCCUUUUCCUCCCGAGUGUUGGGAUUGUGGCCUGUUUUCUCCUUUUCAAACAAAGUCUAAGCUGAAAGUUGUUUGUAGUCUAACAGGAGAAAGGGUUUGGUAAAAAGGAGAGGUUUGCUGUGUAUUUACUGUCCCCUCACCCAAACAAAGUGGACUCUCUAAGCAGUCCUCCAGAGCCUGGAUGUGACUGUACUACAGUUUUGAUGAUUUUUUUUAAUGUAACUUGUUGAAGAAGUGCUGUUUCCCACAGGCUUUCCGCCCCACAGUACGCCGCUUCGAGGUGGCCUGCUUUCCCUUUGGUGUGCAGACAGUAAAUAAACGCCGGCUCUGAGGAAGCGGUCUGACUCAUCAGCAGCCCCCUUUUAAACCUGACCAGUAGUUGGCUUCGCAUGGGGAAAGGGGAGCUUUACAGUGUGUCCCUGUGGCUCAGGGAGAUGCCUCGGCCACAGCUUCCCCCUUAUUUCGGAUCAGGGUGUGAGCACCCAUCACUGUGCAAACACUGGGUGGGGAUGUGUCUGGUUCCAGGGGGAGGCACUAUCUUUCCUCCUUUGAGAAGUGACCCUGCAGUGUCUCCACGGGCAGAAAUGUCCCAACUUUACAUAGUGACAGCUUGUCCUUGGGUAGGAUUGCAGCUUUCAUGAGGAAGAUUCCAGAGAGUGAAUGCCUGUUCUUUCCGCAAGUGGAUGGAGUGAGGGCUUCUCACACCAGAGGUUGUGGAGGACAGUGAAGAGGACAGGCUGAAACUGGCGGAGAUGCCCACCCCUGGUGGUUAUUCUCUGUGGCUCCUGAUUUGCCUCAUGGUUGCUCUUGCUGUCUCUGGAUGUCCAAGGAAGGGAAGCCUGCCUUGGUUUUGACAAAGGCAGAAUUGUUUUUCUCUGUAGAGAGAUAGUUUAGUUUUCUGUGAAGAAAGUCAGACAGGUUUGAGAUUGGCAAUGGACGGAAGCUGUGAGAAGGAGGCCUGCAGUGAGCACCACCACCCCUGGGCAGAGCUCGUGGCUUAAAACCUGGAGAUCUGAGACGUGCGAAUGUGGAAGUUUCCAUGCAGCUGAUGCAGUGUGUGGGCUCACAUCCACACCAGUGACUCAUCCCUCUGUGUUUCACCUCCUUUCCUUACCAGCCCUCCCCUUGGAGGCGGAAUUCUGAGUGGAGUCUCCCUAGUUUUCAGUGGAUACUGAGAAACUAUUGAACAGUGGGCACGCCUCACUAUUCUAAUUUCUGUAACUUCCUUGGUUCUGUAGAUACAGAUUUUCAAUGCAAUGCAAAUAAGAUUUUCUCAGUAGCAUUAGCUUUCAUAGCUCUAAACUCUUGAGCAGUUUGCAUACCAUGAGGAGAUUCUGAGUGAUUUGUACACUGAGUGGAUCAGCUCUAGAAUGUAGGCAUUUAUACUUCGGCUGAGGUAUUCUGGAAUCUUGCCAGAGUUGCAUGUAGAUAGGGUUUGUUUCUUCAUAUUUAAACUCAUUUAGGAAAUAUCUAUAAAGUAAAAAUGAGGGGAAGUAGAAAUUAUUUUUUAGUGAAGAUUUUGGUCUACAUCCCAUCAAGUUGUAGUGGACUCACCAGUUUCUUCGGGUGGCAGUAAUCAACAUUUGGUCAGAGAGAGCACGUUUAUUAGUGAAACUCACAGCAGACUUCUAAAGGCUCAUCUUUACAAUUAUCAAAGUGUGCGGAAAAAAUUUAAGUCCCAAGCCAUAAAAAUUCAGCACCCAAGCCAUAAUGCUGACCAAACAGGAUUGGAGUAUUUGUUUAUAGAAUUCCUUGGGUAGGAAUGAAAGCCCAUUACGGAAUGCUUGCAUUUUCUUUCUUCUCUCUGGAGCAUCAACACCAGUAGAUUGCUGGCAGCUAUUGUAUUAAAAAAGUAAAUAAAUAUAUUUUCACUAUCAAAGAA